AACUGCGUCGGCUUUCUGUACCCCGCGUAUUUCAAGGACGAGCUCACCUACCUGGUCCUGUUCUUGCAAGAUACACCAGCCGAAGACAUCACCUCUGUGUUGUACAACGUCUUUGACUUCAUAGAGGCGGCGAGGCUGAAUGGUGGCCGCGUCCUGCUGCACUGCUCCCAAGGCGUGUCUCGGAGUGCGACCUUGGCCAUUGCCUACCUCAUGUGGAAGAGGAGCCGACCGUUUGAUGAGGUCCUGACCUCUGUCAAGGCUAUCCGCGGUGUUGCCAACCCCAACAUAGGCUUCACAUGCCAGCUGCUAAACUGGCAGAGAAGGAGAGCAGCAGGAAACAGGGGCCUCAGCAUGUACAGGAUUUCACCUCAGUGCAUGGCUGCUCCGCUGAACUUGGUCGCAAAGGCGGUGGCACCUUCUUUGCCAUCGCUCGACCCUCGUGGUGCCUUCAUCUUGCAGCACACCCAGCACACAAUAAUAUGGCAGGUGAGCUCGUGA